UUGUCAUCUGUUUAUGUGAUGGCGGGUAGGAGGCAUCACAAAAACCACCUCCAUCUUAAACCGUGGGCUUCCUUGUCACCGAGCGCGGUGAUGUAAAUAAACAAAUCCCAAUAAUACUAGAUUACCGCGAUAUAAGUAAUCGAAUCAAAUAAUUCUGGAUCUAAUAUUUUUAUUCUUCCUCCUAUGUUUCUCCAUAUCAAUGGUUGCUGGAAAGACAGAAAAGUCGGCACAGGAAAUUACCGAUAGAUAACAACGUUCCAAAAGAUAUUUUUUUUCCCUUCUUCCUCCCUCCCCUUCCCCCACCAUUCUCUCCAACCAAUGAUCGCAAACCUUUUCUUUUUCUUGCUAACCAUAAUUAAAAUACUUCUCCACCCUUCCGCCGCUUUCUUCCCGUUCCUUGACAUGCGGUAGAACGGCGGCGCACAUGGUGGCGGUGGGGCUCCGUCAGAUCGGCACCGUCGACGACCGUAUACGGAGGCAGACCAAGAUACCACCACCACAACCGCCGGUGGCGGCGGAAGGAGGCAUGGGGAGCUGCCACGAGCGGCUGAUCGACCAGUCCCUCACGUCCCGCUACACGGAUUGGAUCGUGGAGGCGUUGGACGAGAUGCCAGAAAACUUCUUGAUCACGGAUCCGGGCAUCUCCGGCCAUCCUAUCGUCUUCGCCAGCCGCGGGUUCCUCGCCAUGUCGGGCUACGCCCGGGAGGAGGUGGUGGGCCGGAACGGGAGGAUCUUCCAGGGCCCCGCCACGGACCGGCGGUCGGUGAUGGAGAUCCGGGAGGCGAUCCGGGAGGAGCGGACGCUCCAGAUUAGCUUGCUCAACUACCGGAAGGAUGGCACGCCGCAUUGGAUCUUGUUCCACCUGUGCCCUGUCUUCGGGAUGGAGGAUGGGCGGGUGAUCCACUUCGUUGCGGUUCAGGUGCCGAUCCCGAGGCGGUCGAGAUGUGCGAGGUCGGGGGCGAGGAGAAUGGUGUAUGGGGCGUGCCGGAAUGAGGUGCGUUUGGAUGAGGAUCAUGGGUGUAAUCUUGCGGUGGAUUCAGUUAUUGGUAUGGAUGAUAGAGGGCUGGAGGCUGAAGAGACUCGUGAAGCAAGUGACCGGGAGAAGGAGAAAGCAUUGAAUGCUGCUAACAGCAUCUUAUCAACACUGGCUCACUACAGCAAGCUUACGGGCAGAGUGGUCUGCACGAAGAGAUGCAGUUCGGCUGGCAUUGCGCCUCUCAGUUCAGCCGUGAAUAUAUCUCUUGGUAGAAUCAAACAGAGCUUUGUAUUGACUGAUCCACAUUUACCUGAUAUGCCCAUUGUUUAUGCCAGUGAUGAAUUCCUAAGUUUAACAGGUUACUCUAGACAUGAAGUCUUGGGAUGUAACUGUAGAUUCCUAAAGGGACCUGGAACAGAUGUUGGAGUUUUACGUCAGAUACAGGACUGCAUUCAAGCGCAGCAAGCUUGUUCAGUGCGUCUUUUGAAUUAUAGGAAAGAUGGAAGCUCAUUCUGGAACCGUCUUCACAUAUCCCCUGUACGGAAUUCAUCUGGCAAGAUUGCAUUCUAUGUUGGGGUUCAGAUAGAUGAGAAUUCCAAGUGUGAUGAGCAUGGACUUAGCCCAGAGAUGAGACAGCUUGGUGCGGUGGGGCAGGUUAAGGUUGCAGUAAGGAGCUUUUCUUCACAUGCUGGUCCUUCGAGGCCAUCAUCGUAGGGUACUUCAGUUUCGCAACACCAUACGGGCUUUUUUUAUUAGCUAUGUAAUGAGUUUGGUUUAUGUCUUACUGUAAUCUCUUCCGUCAAAGAGCGGAUUCAAUCAGAAGUUGAAAGCCACCUAUUCUCAAUGUAUGAGCACCAAGCUGUAGGCUAAGCGGAGAUAAAGAUAGAUGAAUUAGAGCUGAAAAUUCGAUGUAAAGAAUGAAAUGCUUUGGGUCCCAUAAGGUUCACAAGGCAGUACGUUGUUUUCGAAGAGCUUUGGGUCUCUCUUUUCUUUUUAAUUGCUUCUAUUUAACU